AAAAUCUUCUUUUCCGACUCCCUAUCAAUCAAGCGAUCUGGGCCGCGCGCUAAAAACGCACUCGGCGCGUAAGAUCGAGCUUCCGUGGGAGGCGCGCGCUCUGGACGGUUUUGGGCUGAAAUCAGAUGUUUGGACGGCGGUUUCAGGGGAUUCUGUGGCUCGACACACAGUCAAGGCCCAGCUCUUUUUAAUGAUCUUUUGUAGAAGUGCGGAUGGCGGCGGCACUGGCGGGGAGGGAGAGCCCGGUGUCCCUGAGAUUGAUUGAUAGGCGAUUAUGGGCAGGCUUUUUAUUAUAUUUAAAGAGACAGAGACGAUGUUUUUAAUAAGUAAGCGAAAAGUCGCGGCGGCUUGUGUUUUGACACGAUGACGCAGGUUACGUACUGUAAUUGUAUAUUAAUUGCUCCAGCGGUUCUCUUCAGUGGAGCUGAAGAUCAGUUUUAUAGAAUGCCCAAGAGUUGUCCACGGCAACAGUAACCAUGAUGACAUCCCCAUCGGUGUCCAUGGAGGAUUACCAAGAGGCUGAACAGAUGCAAGUGGGAGAACAGACGGCGGGACAAGUGGAGGAGAGGCUGGAGGAAGAGGAGGAGAGAGAGGAAGAGGAGAGCAGCUCAGCAUCGUCCGAGCCACAAACUCCUAUGGAGGUCUACAAGACGGCUAUUUACAGACACCCCUUGUUCCCCCUGCUGGCGCUGCUCUUUGAGAAAUGCGAGCAAUCCACUCAGAGCUCGGAGUGCGUGACCUCGGCCAGUUUCGAUGUGGAUAUUGAGAACUUUGUGCGAAACCAGGAGAAAGAAGGCAAGGCUUUCUUCAGCGAGAACCCCGAUUUGGACAAUCUGAUGGUGAAGGCCAUCCAGGUGUUACGGAUUCACCUGCUGGAGCUGGAGAAGGUGAAUGACCUGUGUAAAGAUUUCUGCAGCCGCUACAUCGCCUGCCUCAAGACCAAGAUGAACAGCGAGACGCUGCUCAGCGGAGAGCCAGGAAGCCCCUACUCCCCGACACAGACACAGGUAUGCUCGAAAACACUGCAGAACACUGUCUCCAUCUCUGCUCAGGACAUAACCGGUGUGCACGUGUUCUCCUCACAGCCGCUGAGCUCCUUCUCUGGAGCCAUGAGUCCUCACGGUAUUGUAGUACCAGCGUCGGCUUUACAACAAGGCAAUGUUACUGUCACAGCUGUGAACCCCACACAGGUGGUAACAGCUGGUACAGUGUAUCAGCCUGUUACAGUUGUCACUCCACAGGGGCAGGUGGUCACACAGACUCUGUCACCUGGAACAAUACGCAUCCAGAACUCACAGCUUCAGCUGCAGUUGAACCAGGAUCUAAACUUUUUCAGUCAGGAAGACAAUUCGUCUAAGGCCAAGAGAGGCAUCUUGCCUAAACACGCCACCAGUGUCAUGCGUUCUUGGCUCUUCCAGCACAUCGGUCACCCCUAUCCUACGGAAGAUGAGAAGAAACAGAUCGCCCUGCAGACCAACCUCACCCUGCUGCAGGUUAACAACUGGUUUAUUAACGCGCGGCGACGGAUCCUUCAGCCCAUGCUGGACGCCAGCUCCUCGGACACACCCAAGAACAAAAAGAAGACGCCCCAAACGCGCCCCCUACAACGCUUCUGGCCCAACUCCCUCGCCGCCUCUGUGUCCCAGCAGCAGGUCACCAUGGAAGACGGUACCAUGGUAACAGUCGGUGUGGGUGAGGACGGCCUCCAGACGCUCUCAUCAGACGGAGCUACGCUGGCCAUGCAGCAGGUCAUGAUGGGAGGUCACAGCGAGGAUGAUGAUGAUGAUGAAGAGGAUGAAGAGGACGAGGACGAUGAUCCUUCCCACUCCGAUAUGACCAGGCUGGGCCUGGAGACCAGCGACUCGCUGUAGUAGGACUGAACAACUCACACACACACACACACACACACACACACACACACACACAGCGAUGUUAGUAUAGAGAGAGACAGUUAAGGCGCAUCAGAGCACUAAGAAGAAAAAGACAUUCACACAGACACCUCGGCUGACGUGUUGAAGGUCACAGAACAUCCUCAAGCUGUCAAACAGCUCGUUCGAAGUACAGAGAAAGGGCUUAAAGCCACACACACACACACGCCGACACAACCCAUACACACAAGCACAAGUCUCACACACAACAUUUCCGACACAGUUAGCCGAGUGCACUUUUUGUAUGAUACUGUAAACUUAAAGAAAGUGUUCAAAGCACAUUCUGAAAGAGCUAAACGGAAGGAAAAAAAAAGAAAUAAAAUGUUGAUGCUGGAUUUGAUUUGGUUGUACUUAUCCUCAUGGUCAAUGAGAUUUCAGCUCUUGCAUGCCUGUGUUUGCACCAAGAAAAAAAGGAACUAUUUUUAUAGUACACUGUCACAAGUGAUCGGUGCCAAUUUGUUUGUUUUCUCCUUUUGUUUGUUUUGCUCUGGUUUGCUAUGUUUUGUAAGGAGUAUUUAUGUAAAACACUUUUAACGUGCUCACCCUGUUUUGGAGGGGAUUGUGGUAACUACUUAGUACAAAGUACAAAGAAUGACUAUCCGCUGAAGGCAUAGACUAUGAAGCCUUACGUUUUUACAUUUCUAAUGCCACAAUCUGAGACGCUCUCAUAUUUAUGGAAGUUUAUUUCCACCACAGAAUAAAACAACAUUUAAAAGGUAAUUGCGACUUUUUAUCUCACAUCUCGGAUUAUUUUACGUAGAAUUGUGAGGUUAUAUGUCACAAAUCUGAGUUUAUAUCUCGCAAUUCAGAUUUUUUUUCUUGCAAUUCUGAGUUUAUAUCUUGUAAUUCCUCAGAAUUGCGAGUAAAAGAGGUCUGAAUUAAAGUCUGAAUUGUGAGAUAUAACCUCAAAAGAAAAAUUUGUAAGUUAAAGUUAGAAUUGUAAGGCUAAAAAGUCUUAUGGUGGAAUUAAAAAAAUAAUCUUCCGUACAUAUGUGAUGUCACUUUCUGUGCAAUCGGCAUGGAUACCGUGUCCAAAAAUGAUAUGUUUGCAAGGUUGUGAUAAUGUUUAUGACAUUCAAUGCCUGUAAUUGUUAUAUGAGAAGAAAAUGUGCUUUUUAAUGAUUAUAUUCAACAAGACUUUGUAUUUAUGUGUAUUUUUUGGCAAAGGGACUCAUCGCUGAUGUUAAACCCCUUCGGCUUUGACAGAUUUAAUUUUUUAUUCUGUGUUGUUAUGGACAGUUCAUAGAGUUUUUUUUUUUGCAGGAAAACAUUUUUUUUUUUUAAGUGGAUAAAACAAAUGUUUUCAAUAUUUAACAACUGAUUGCAUGUGUUUUCAUUUAUUGCAAAGAAACUUACAAUAUUAUUUUUGAAACAUUACAUAUGCUCACAAUAGAAAUACAAAUCUAUCAGUGUAAACCCAAUGAGAUUGGUACAGUCGAGCUGUUAGUAAACUCUUGAUGGUAUAUUUAACAAAGAAGCCAAUAUAAUAUAUAUUUUGAUUUCUUCCAUUCACAGCGGUCACUUGACUGAGCUCGUAUAUCCUGUUUUCUAGUUAUUUAGCGUGUUCAGUAUGUGCUGUAGGCUGUCUGUACUGAGCGGCUUUUCAUUUGCAGCAGUAUUCUUGCGAUGACUAACCCGAAAGGAGAAACUCUGUUAGCUUAGCAUUUUUCUCUUUGCUUCUAUAAUCACUUCUGUCUCACACACACACAAACACACAGAUCUGCCUUUCAGACUCUUCAUUUUGUAAUAAACAACACUGUACCUGAA